UUUCGAAUUUUCCCUCGUCCCUAUCACACUCUCGCUCGGCAGUUUCAUCUUUAUCUUCGAGAAAAUCAUUUUCCAAAUCAAUCGCUCUUGCCAUGAACGUCUCCUUCUCGACAAGCUCGCUGUCGGUCUCCAACUCUAGAACCAGACUGAUCUCGUUUCGUGAGACGGAACACGGUGAUCAGAAGAGCUCCGAAGAAUGGAAGACCUCAACGAAGCUUGAGGCUCUUGGAUCGAUGGAGGGAGAGUUGGCUCACCUGCUUUCAACCUGCAAACCUGAGACGUUGAAUCACAACAAGACAGAGCUAUCGGGCUUCCGCAAUCUCUUCGCUCGCUUUCUUCGUGCCAAGCCCACCGUCGAUUGGUCCAAGAUUGAGCCUCUUCCAGAGGGAGCCAUCCGUCCGUACAAAAGUCUCGGUCAUGUCGUCGACAAGGAACUUAUCGCUUCGCAACUUCGCAAGUUGGUCGUGGUGAAGCUCAACGGAGGUCUCGGGACAUCAAUGGGGUGCAAGGGACCAAAGUCGGUAAUUUCUGUCCGUAACGAUCUGACCUUCCUUGACUUGACCAUGCAACAAAUUCAGACUUUAAACAAAACCUAUGGGGUCGACGUUCCCCUCGUGCUCAUGAACUCGUUCAAUACAAACGAGGACACUCAGAAAGUGCUCAAAAAGUAUGCCAACGUUAAGGUCUCCGUGCAUACCUUCUCCCAAUCUCAAUACCCACGUAUCAACCGUGAGACUCUUCUUCCAAUCGUCAAAUCACUCGAAGCCGACGACAACGAAUGCUGGUACCCACCAGGUCACGGAAACUUCUACGAGGCCUUCCACAACUCUGGACUCCUGGACAAGUUCCUCGCCGACGGCAAAGAAUACUGUUUCCUAUCCAACAUUGACAAUAUGGGAGCUACCGUGGAUCUUUCUAUUCUCAAUUUUGUGCUGAACCCAUCUCCCGAUCAAACUGCUCCGGAGUUCUUGAUGGAGGUCACCGAUAAGACCCGUGCUGACGUGAAGGGAGGAACUCUCAUUCAGUACGAAGGACGUCUUAUGCUUCUUGAAAUUGCUCAGGUGCCGAAGGAUUAUGUGGACGAGUUCAAGUCGAUUAGCAAAUUCCGAAUUUUCAAUACUAACAACUUGUGGGCCAAGCUUGACGCCAUGAGAAAAAUUGUGGUGGAAAACAAGCUCGAAAUGGAGGUUAUCGUCAAUCCGAAGCAUCUCGACCGUGGGCUUGAUGUUAUUCAACUCGAAACCGCCGCUGGUGCAGCCAUCAAGUCAUUCUCUGGAGCUGUUGGAGUCAAUGUGCCACGUUCCCGUUUCUUGCCAGUCAAGAAGACUUCUGAUCUUCUGCUUUUAAUGUCAAAUCUUUACGAUAUUGACAAUGGAUCCUUGACGCUGUCUCAUCAAAGAUCCUUCCCAACAACACCGCUGGUGAAGCUCGGAUCUUCAUUCGAUAAGGUCAAGGACUACCUGGGACGGUUCAAUGGAAUCCCUGAUCUUCUCGAGCUGGAUCACUUGACAGUUUCUGGUGAUGUCUGGUUCGGAAAGGAUGUAUCUUUGAAGGGCACCGUCAUCAUCAUUGCCAACCACGGAGAUCGUAUCGAUAUCCCGCCUGGUUCGAUUCUGGAGAACAAGAUUGUUUCUGGAAAUUUGCGCAUUUUGGAGCACUAAUUUUUAUAGGGUUAUUCCUGAUUUUUCAUUACAUUCGCCUUUUCUCUCACAGUCCCUCAGUAGUGCCGUUUAUAUGUAACUAAUAUUUUUUGAAUAGUUUCUCCCAAGUUUAUUUGCAUCCCUCUCACCACCCGUACUGGAAAAUUGUAAAUAUAUAUUGUAAUACUACGGUAAACGAAAAUAGUAACGAUUCAUAUGUUCAGUGAAUACAAAUGUCUUUAUCAAUAUUUUCUACUUUUUGUUGUUCUUCCAAGGUUUC